CCAGGUCCGGGCAUAUGGAGAUAAAAAGAUUCUAGUCUCCCCCACCCCCUGCAGUGCUGUACCCGGGGCCCAGCGGGCACCCAGCUGGGCCUAGCAGAGGAAGGCAGCACAGAGCGCCUGCAGGGAGGAGAGGAGGCCUGUGUCAAGUCUUGCCAGGGGCCGGCAGGCUGGGGCAGUCAUGGCAGCCGCUCUAAUCUGGAUUCUUCUUGCAGUUCUCCUGGCAGGGCUGGGGGAUGCGGAGGCCCCGCAGACCACCCUGCAGCCUCUUGUGGGCCGCGUCUUCGUGCACACCCUGGACCAGGAAGCGGCCCUGCGUCAUCCCGAGCACACCGAUGUCCCCUCCACCACCCCUGUCACCUACCACGCCCACCUCCAGGGACACCCAGACCUGCCCCGGUGGCUCCGCUACACCCAGCGCAGCCCCUGCCAGCCUGGCUUCCUCUACGGCACCCCCACCCCUGAAGAUCGUGGGCGCCAGGUCAUCGAGGUCACAGCCUACAAUCGGGACAGCUUUGACACCACCCGGCAGAGGCUGGUGCUGCUGAUUGGGGAUCCAGAAGGCCCCCUGCUGCCAUACCAAGCUGAGUUCCUCGUAUGCAGCCACGAUGUGGAGGAGGUGCUGCCUUCAACGCCUGCCAGUCGCUUCCUCACAGCCUUGGGAGGGCUCUGGCAGCCGGGGGAGCUCCAGCUACUCAACAUUACCUCCGCCUUGGACCGUGGGGGCCGCGUCCCCCUUCCUAUUGAGGGUCGCAAGGAAGGGGUUUACAUCAAGGUGGGCUCUACCUCACCCUUCUCCACUUGCCUGAAGAUGGUGGCAUCUCCAGACAGCCACGCUCGCUGUGCCCAGGGUCAGCCUCCACUUCUGUCCUGCUAUGACACCUUGGCGCCUCACUUCCGCGUUGACUGGUGCAAUGUGUCCCUGGUGGAUAAGUCAGUGCCAGAGCCCGCCGAUGAAGUGCCCACCCCAGGUGAUGGGAUUCUGGAGCAUGACCCGUUCUUCUGUCCACCGACUGAGGCCACGGACCGAGACUUCCUCACCGACGCCCUGGUCACCCUCCUGGUGCCCCUGCUGGUGGCUUUGCUGCUCACUGCGUUGCUGGCUUACAUCAUGUGCUGCCGGCGGGAGGGACAGCUGAAGAGAGACCUGGCCACCUCGGACAUCCAGAUGGUCCACCACUGCACCAUCCGCGGGAACACAGAGGAGCUGCGGCAGAUGGCAUCCAGUCGGGAGGUGCCCCGGCCACUGUCCACGCUGCCCAUGUUCAACGUGCGCACCGGCGAGCGGCUGCCUCCGCAAGUGGACAGCGCCCAGGUGCCCCUCAUCCUGGACCAGCACUGAGGGCGUAACCAGUUCCAGGCCCAGCCUCCUCCUCCUCCUCUCCCCACACGCAUGGAGCCGCGGACCCACAGCCACAUCCUUCCUGGGGAUUUGGGCUCCUGGCCUGAGGGCCCCCAGGCUUGGAACAAACAGAGAAAUGGCGGCAGGGGAGGUGAGGGUGUCUGGGGUCAGGAUCCCCCGAAUAAAUAGUUGCUGCUGUCCUCA